AUGUCAAGAAUUUGUAUCAAGGGGUUACCCAAACAUGUAGAUGAAAAUAAAUUAAGACAUCAUUUCUCUAAAUUUGGUACAGUUACCGAUUGUAAAAUUGCAAGAACACAAGAUGGAAGAUCACGUUUAUUUGGAUUCAUAGGGUUUUCUUCAGAUGAACAUGCAGAGAAAUCGUUAAUGUAUAAUGGAUCUUAUUUCCAUACUUCAAAGAUUGUUGUAGAGAUGGCAUUCUCUAAAGAUGAUUCUAAAGAUGUACAUAGAGCAUGGAGUAAAUAUACACAAGGAAGUUCUGCAAACAAUCGUAUAAUCACUCGUGAAAAGGAAGAAGAGGCUAAAAAGAAUGCUGAAAAGGGUGUUGCUGCUGUCGAUGCCAAAGAUCUAAAGAGAAAGUCAAGAGAUGCCGAAGAAGAUGAUCAAGAGUUUAGGGAAUUCAUGGGUAUCAUGAAACCAAGAGUAAAUAACAAUCUUUGGACAAAUAUGGAUGAUGGUGUUGUCACUGGUGAAGGUUAUAUUGGAACUAAAAAGAUAAAGACUGAAGAUGGUGGAAGUAAAGAUGCUAAACUUGAUGACAAUGAUGAAGAUGAUGAAUUAUAUGAUGAUAUGCCAAUGAAUGAUGAAGAUGAUGAAGAUGAUGAAGAUGAAGAAGAAGAAGAAGAUAACAAACCAAUUAAAAAACUUGUAAACGAUAGUAAAUCAAAAGAGUUGACAAAUAGUUCUGCUCUUUCAGAUUUGGAUUGGUUAAAAUCAAAGGUUUCAACCAAAAUUGAACAAGAUGAUGAUGAAGAUGAAGAAGAAGUAGAAGAAGUGGAAGAACAAGAAGAUGAAGAGGAACAAGAGGAACAAGAGGAAGAAGAAGAAGAAGAGAAACCCCAACAAAAAGAAAAAGAAUUAAAUGAAAAGGAUAAAAAGAAAGAAGCAAUAAUGAGAACAUUUACAACGGAUAGAGAGAUUGAAGAUAUUGGAGAAUCUGGUAGAUUGUUUAUUAGAAAUUUGUCAUAUACAACAACUGAAGAUGAUAUCAAGAAGUUUUUCGAAGCACAUGGAAAACUAUCAGAGGUUUAUAUCCCCAUUGACAGAGACUCUAAAAAGAGUAAGGGUAUUGCAUUUGUCUUGUUUAUGAUCCCUGAACAAGCGAUGCGUGCCGCCAACGAUUUGGAUGGAAAGACAUUGCAAGGACGUAUCAUCCAUAUCCUCGCCGCAAAGAAUGCCCCUUCCAAAGAGGUACAACUCAACAAGGACGGUGAAAAGACAAGUAGCUUCAAACAACAAAAAGAGAGAGAACUCAAGACUGCAGCUGGCGAUGCAUACAAUUGGAACUCGUUGUUUAUGAGAUCAGACGCAAUCAUUGGGUCGUUGGCCGAACGUUAUAAAUUGUCGCAUGGACAAGUCAUCGAUCCAAACAGCUCGGAUUUGGCAGUCAGAAUGACAUUGAUGGAAACACAUAUCAUCAAUGAAACCAAAAAGUUUUUGCAAGAGGAAGGUGUUGUCAUUGAGAAGAUUGGUGGCAAGGGAAUCGAUAGAAGCAACUCGAUUAUUUUGGUCAAGAAUAUUCCACACAAGACUACUAUUGGUGAGUUGGAAGAGAUGUUUGGACGGUACGGAGAGUUGGCACGUGUCAUCUUGCCUCCCGCCCGUACCAUGGCUCUCGUCGAGUUUUACCAUGUCAACGAGGCAAAGGCCUCUUUUAGAGGACUGGCCUACUCCAAAUUCCACACAGUCCCAUUGUUUUUAGAAUGGGCUCCAGUUGGCGUAUUCAAAACUGCCGCUCCCACCAAAGAACAAAUCAAACAAAAACAAGAAAAAGAAACUGAACAAUUGGAAAAGAUUAAAGUUGAAAAUGAAUCAACAUCAUCAACCAGUGCAACAACAACAACAACAACUACAACAGCUAUCGCAGAACAAGUGGAUCCAAGUAAAUCAUUUUAUGUUUAUAUUAAGAAUAUAUCUUUUGACACUACAGAUGAUAUGCUCAAAGAACGUUUCAAAAAGAUUAGAGAUUUUAUGACUGUCAAUAUUUCAACUAGAAUGGAUCCAAUCAGAGGAAAGUUGUCAUGUGGUUUUGGGUUUGCUCAAUUCUCUACUAAACACGGUGCCUAUGAAUGCAUCAAAAAGUGGAAUGGAGCACUUGUCGACGGACACGAACUUUCCAUUAAAUUGUCAACCAGCAAUGCUGCCACCGGUACCGAUGGUAAAGCCAGCAACAGUGCCAACAGUGCAUCCAACAAGAGAGAGGACAGACUCAAGGACGAAGAGAGCAAGAGACACGACAAGGGAUUCGUAUCGACUAAAAUCUCAAUCAAGAAUAUUGCUUUUGAAUGUAAACCAAUUGAAAUCAGAAAGUUGUUUACUACGUAUGGCGAGCUCAAGUCUGUUCGUCUCCCAUCAAAGCCAACUGGAGGUCAUCGUGGUUUUGGUUUUGUAGAGUAUCUCACUGAACAAGAGGCCAAGAAUGCCAUGGAAGCACUCCAAAACUCUCAUCUUUACGGUCGUCAUCUUAUCCUUUCCUUUGCCGAAGAGGACAAGAAUAUCGAACAAUUACGUGAAAAGGCUUCUGUCGAUUAUUCAAAGGCUUCCGGUACAAAUAGAUCAAAGAAUAGAUUUAAUUAA